AUAAUUUCCUAUUUGCAUCACCACAAAUUCAGUCAUCCGCGAGUGAAUCCCAUCCGUCUUCAAUAUAAGACUUCUCGCACGCGCUCUCUCAUCUCCACUCUUUCUACUUCUCGAUACUUCCGCAUCAGCGUCGCGUCUUUAGUAAAGCGUUUCUUUUGUUGGAAGAUGAUCUUCGAGUAGCUCUUGAUCGCGCCUCAGAGGUUUUCUUACCCUUUUCACUGACGUCAAGCAACCCGGACAAUAAUGCAAGUUUGUCUUCAUAAGUGCAACCAUGUCAGACUAUCCUUCAACGCCAUCUUACGGCGCAAACUAUGGAUCUCGAGAUCAAACAAAUCCUCCUUACAUCCCUGCCUCCUAUCCAAAUCAAUACAUGCAACCAGACGAUGGUCGCACAGCGCAAGGAAAUAUGGCAUCGCAUUAUGACACGUCCAUGUCGGCGUAUGCAUACAAUAGAGCUCUGCCAAGCUUUAGUGCUGCUGCUGUGGCCUCUAGCGUGCCUCCUUUGCCUAUAUACCAAGGUUGGAAUCAGGACUCAAUCCCUUUGCCUCCAUUUAAUCCGCCACACAAUACCGCACAGUACCCAAGCUAUGGCAAUAAUGCCCAGAACGGCUCGCAGUUCUACUCUUCUAUGGGCCAUACAAACUAUCUUCCCAAUGCGCAACCUGCAAAGGCCUACGAGCAAGGUGAGCUGAGUGAAGGAGAGUUUGAAGAUGGCGGUCUUGCCACCAAUACCCCUCCUGCUGGUUACAGCACAUCUCAGUAUGGUAAUGGUGGCACAAACUACAACGACAAUUCGUCGCAUGCUGGAUACGCACAAGUACAAGACUUUACACCUCAGCAAACUUUUCCAGUAAAUAACUACCAAUAUCCUACGAACCCUCCUACUACUCAACUCAAGCGUCAACAAUCGGGCUCGUACUCCCCAUAUGUCUCUCCCGCAGUAGGCGACCGCGAUGAUCAGUACAGCAACGAUAAGAAUAUCAAUGCAGUUGCAAGUAAUUUUGCUCAACGUCCGAAGAAUUCGACAACACCGAGUCAAUAUAAAACCCCGAGCAAAGCGGUGAAUGGUCCUGUCAAGUCAAGUUUUCAGAGCAAUGGGUACCACACUCCUCAAGAAGGACAGCACAAUACCCAGCCAAAACCUUCUCCUCGCCACUCAACGCCGAGUCUGGCCCCAAGUGUAGGCAACGUGAAGACAGUUGCAGAAUCGCGGAAAAAAGCUGAAAACGCGAUACUCAAUCUCCUACCAUGCGACGUGCGCUACCAAACGUAUAUCGAUGAAGGCUUCCGAGAAGAAAUUAUCGGUCCUCUAUUUGAUGGUCUUAAGCUCCCGCGGCACUCUGCCAAACCAUCGAAUUCAACGCCUACACAAUCUGCCAUACAACAGUCACUCCAUACUAGUAAGAGCAAGACAGCGGUUGAACAACAUGCCGCGGCAGGUGGGAAUAUUUCCAAAGCUCAGUCUGUGCCUGGAGCUCGCAAAGAAGCCUUGGAGCUAUCAAUCCCAUCUAGUUCGGUGACUACUCAACAAUCUCAAUCUACUGCUGCCCCCAAAUCGGCUGCACAGACUGAAAAAGAGGAAGAAAGGAAGCGGACUCUGCAGUUGAAAAUGGAAGCAUUAAGAAAAUCACGAGAAGAGCGUGCACAAAAGCAAGCAGCAGCAGCAAAGGACGUUGCAAAGCCAGUGGAUAAGCCAACCGAAAAGCCUCCAGCCAUUGAGACUCCUAUCGCUGAACCAGAACUACCAGAAACUAAGCCAGCCGCCUCUAUAACAGCUUCAAGUUUACCCUUAGACACUCCUUCAGCUUCAAAAGUUCAAGCACCGAUCGCGGGCGACGCAAUUCCCUCAAAGUCCCCCGCACCUCCAAUUGUACCUGAAAUUCGACAGCAACCCUCUAUACCCGGCUUGUUUCUCGCGUCGAAUGGAAUUCCUGGUCUUCAAUUGAGCGGUUCGAGCACACCUGUACCCUCGAUCUCCACGGCACAACGAAAGCGUCCCGUAGCUGCCGACUUCGAUGAUAAUCUCCCAGCAAUGGCACCAUUCAAGCGACCCUUCGGUCACCAUCGCAACGAUCGGCCACUUGUGAUUAACGUCAGCGAGGAUGAAGCCGAUUCAGACGAUGAAGAUGUUGCUAUGGAUCUGGAUUCUGCGGGCGAUUCACCCAUGCAGCCCGAAAGAAAGAUGUCUGGCAAUCAAGCAGCUCUGCUUCAAAAUUCUAGCCAACUCUUCGAUAAAGUCAACAAGACUUUCACUCCUCCACCAUUCCCCUCUGCGACCAAUACCCCGCCUCUUCUUUCUAGUAACUCCAGACCUGUUCACAGCAGUCCUGCAGAGUUGGAGCGAAAGGACCGUGAAAUCAGAGACCUCAAGAGGAGAAUCGCCGAGGCAGAAGCAAAGAAGCGGGCCAAGCAGACUCCUAGCAGAACUCGGACACCUCGGAUUCCUGAGCUGAACGCAUCCGAAAUUACAGAUGGCCAAGCUACCAAUGGAAGUGUACCUAAGAAGCUCGACUCGCCGACGAAAAUGCAGCAGCUGGUCACAGUCGCCCAGAGCCAAGUCGAUGCGGAUCAACAAAAGCUAGCUGAGGCUCAAGCUGCUGAAGCUGAGAAGGCUGCUGAGCUGGUGAAAAAUGAGUUGGAGCAAAAGCGUCUUCUACGUGAGAAGAAUGCGACGAAUCAAUCUUUAGUCGAUGCCGAGGUGCAGCAGACUCGAACAAAACUUGAAGAAUUAAAGGCAGCAAUGGCGGAAGCUGAAGCUGCAUAUCAGAAGAGUCUUGAAGAGAAACAGAGAUUGAAAGAGGAAGCGGAGCGACUUGAGCAAGAAGCAGAACUCCAAACCAAGAAGGAUAGGCUACAAGAUCUUACUGGCCAGAAGGUUCAGGCCACCAUCGACAUUGCUUCACGUUCGUCUGCAGACGAAGCAUCACAGCAGUCGGCAGCACCCAUAACCCCAGAUCUGUCUUCUACGUCGACCUCGGAAGAACCUGGCCAAAUCGUUGAUAUGGCACCUACAACCAGAACAGACUCCGAACCACUUCCUACAGAAUCUGGCCUUGCCCAUGAUGUUUCCAACGUAACUCAAAGUCCUACAGAGCCGGAGGAGCAAGUCGACAACACACAAGACAAAGAAGAGGUAGUGGAUUGUACUUCAACUGAUCAAGCUAUGGAAGCUGCACUACAGGAAGCUGUGAGAGCCGAUGUUGACUUGCAGACGGCGGAGGAUGACGAUGACGUGGAAAUGGACAUGGAUAUGGAAGAUUCGUAUGCCCCUGAUCCGAACCACCUUGCCCCAGAAUCCGUACCCGGUGUUGUCUUGGAGGACGAGGGUAACUCAGAAUACUCACCGGUGCUUGACCGAACUGUCCCUGAAAUCCAAACCCUUAACGAGAUCGAAGAUCAGGACGAGAUCCAAGAUGACUACGAGCCACCAGAAGCAAUAGCCCCUGUCGAAGAUUCCAUCCCCUACUCUCCACCAUUUAGUCCGGCGCCACCCGAGCAAAAUCCUGAGCCUGUCAUGGAUGAGCCCAUGGACAUUCAACCUCCCAACCCCGCAUCACCAGCAUUCGUUCCCGAGACCAACAUGGAUGAAGUCAAUGACGUUAACACGACACAGGCAAGAAGUGAGAAAGGACAAAAUUACUCAGGGGAGCUACUGCCUUCCGUAAUUGGUAGUUCUCCGAACCUGGUUGAACCUGGUUCCGAGGACGAUUUUAAGACUCCCUUGUACACUCCCUACGAAAGCCCUCUCAAACGUUUUCGAGCAUAUCGAUUUCAUCCCGAGUUCAGUCGCGACGUUGCUGGCGGGUUGAAAUCCAGGACCUACAGUCACAAGAUCGACCCUAAUAAAGAGUUCUGCCGUUACGAAUUGGCUGGAGGCACUUGUAACGAUUCGACAUGCGCCUCGCAACACUUUGAUAGAAUUGGACUUCAGGAUGACGCCGUCCUCACUGCCCUCGGCUCUCCUGAAGAGUUCAAAGACGAGCAGCGCGAUAAGUUCUGCGAAGGUCUGAAGGGGGUUCUUAUGGACCUGCGAGUGCGGAAGAUAAGAGACUUCGACGUUAUUGCUUCUGAAAUCGUUGCUCAUCGCGCCAGAUUCUUGGGCGACCCUUCCAAAGUGUUGGCCCUCGACGGCACGACUAUCUGACCGACUUACAAACAGCCUCCCCCACCUUGUAACGCCUUGUAAAAUCACCUUUUCCCAUACGUAUGUCGGAUUACAUAUUUCUGGGCCCCUUUUAAUGACCCUAUCCCCUCUA